AUGAUACAAGGUAUGAAUUAUAAACGGUUUCAGUUCAUGCUUGGAGGUGCAUUUGCUGGUGUAGUUUCUAGAACUGCUGUUGCUCCUCUAGAUCGUAUGCAUACUUUAUUGGUUGCUCGAUCUGAUGAGAGUGGUUCAAAGAUGUUAAGAGAUUUAUUAGCAAAUGAAGGAAUAAUUGGAUUAUGGAGAGGUAAUUUUGUUAAUUGUAUGAAAGUUGCACCAACCACUGCUGUAAAAUUCUUUGUUACUGAGUCAUUAAAAAGAAUUGCUAAAGACUAUUAUGCCCGUCGUUCUUUAAAACUACCAUUUUCUGUUAAUUUUGCUAUUGGUGCACUUGGUGCUAUUGCUUCAACAAUGGUAUCACACCCAAUUGAUGUAAUAAGAACUCGAAUGACAAUAGAAACAACUAAAAUUCGUAAAUAUGAUACAUUCUUUGGUACUGCCAGUACUAUUAUAAAAGAAGAAGGUAUUUCUGGUUUAUAUAAAGGACUUGGAUUCUCUAUCUUAAGUGUCACUCCAUUCCAAGCAGUAAAUCAUGCAUGUUUUGAUUUUGUUGCACCAUUAGUUCCUGAGUGUCAAUUAAAGAAACUUUACCAAGGAUGUCUAUCUUCUUCACUUGCAUUUUCUUUAUGUUACCCAUUAGAUGUCGUUAAAAGAAAGUUACUUGCUAAAAAAGCUAAUUCAGCUAUUGAAGCUAUUAACACUAUAGCUAAAACUCAAGGAAUUAAAGGAUUUUAUUCUGGAUUUGGAGUAGGAUUUGUCAAAGUUGUUCCAUUAGUUAGCGUUCAAUUCUUUGCUUUUGAUCAAUACAAGAAGUUCUUUAAAUUAUAA